UUCGUUCAUCCUGCGUGCGAGGAGAGGUAGUCAAGAAAAGGAGAGGUAGAGGGGGAAAAAUAUCACUUUACUUGCUGUUUCUUCUCGAUAUCACUCUUUGCUUUCACGUCGUUAUCCAGAGGAGCAACAAGGGAAGGGAGAAGGCGGAAAGAUCCCUCCUUUUACUCCUCUCUCCCGUCUCUUCCUCCUCUUCGUCGUCGUCCCCCCAGUGGGGAUUCGGCUCUUGAUUCAGUCAGCGGUGAUGAUCCGAAGGAAUCGGCAGCAUAGUGGUGUAGAAGAACUCGCCUUCGUCCUGUAGGCCUGUGCCUGAUGCGGUGUUGCUGGUCCAGGUUCCAGGUGAGUUAACUUGUACUUUCAUCUGAGUUUUUUUCCUUUCUUGUGAUGCCAAGAACGGAGGAACCCUACCUGGUUUAGCUUCCUUCUUCCUUGUGAUGAUCUGAUCUACCUGCUAGACAUCUUGAUUAUAAUACGUCUAGGCAGAUUCUGAAGUUGAGGAAUUCAACAGCCAUCUGCUUAGCGUCUGAUUUGGGACAGAUCCAAUUGCUGUGAUCCCAUCGGAGAGCCUGUCGAGGAAUUGCGCAAUCUUUUUUGUUUUUUUUUCCCUUCUGGAGGUUUCCACUCUGAAAUUGGCAAUUGGUUGAUUGGUUAUGGACAUUACGUGUACUUCGACGUUACAUGCAUGUUUGAAAGACAGUUGUCCUCCACCUAUUUAUUGAGCUUAUUUGAGUUCCUUGUAGCAUCUAGACUCCUUUGAUGCUAAGCAAUUAUUGAUGGACAAAGUGAUAAGUCUACUUAAUGGUAGUUUGAACAUUUGUGGAUAGUGCAUGUUAUGCUGUGACCCCAAUUUAGAGCAAUUCUUUGUCCUUAAUGUUGUUCUCUUUAUGGAUCAAGUUCCUACUGAAUUGAUGCCAAACAAUCUUGUGAUGGAAAGGUUGUUAGCAUGUGAGAGUGAUGGCGGCUGCUGAAGCGAGAGCUGCUUGGCAACGCGCUGCUAACCGCUGCUUGGUUCAGGAGGAUGCAAAGAGAGCUCCGAAGCUUGCCUGCUGUCCGCCGUCCUUGCAACCGCAUGACACGAGCAAUGGAAAUCCUAUGAACCCGCAAGAUCACCAUAUCCCUAAUUUUAUGCCUAUAAACUGGAAUCUGAUGAACUCCAAUCUGCCGAUGGAUACCCAGUGGUGGCUUCAAUUGCAGCCAAACUUCGGGUGCCAGAUGGGUCUUGCUAGGGAGCAUCUGAACUAUAUGAGUGGGGAAGCUGGUGAGAAGAAAAUGGAAGGUCUAGUGCCAGUGUCUAAACUUGAGGAUAUCGAAGGUAAGAAGAGUGAGGAUCCUUUUGAGCCUCCAUGGAUCGUUUCAACAGCUUUCAUGAAGCAAACAUCUGAAACAGGUUUGGAAGAGUUAAAGACUCUUGCUGGCUAUUCUCCAAUGAGUCUCAAGUGCAAAGGAAAUGCCAACAACUGUGUUCACGAGGACAAAGAGUUUAUGGAGUUCAAAACUUUUGAUCCUUUGUUUCCAAGGAAGCCGCAGAAGGAAUAUUGUGAGAUGCAUGCACCUUGGGAAGAAAGCAAGAAGUCUCAGCCAUGGUGGCAAAUUGCUGAUGUUGACGGUUUGGCUUCCCUUGUUGCUGAAAGAGCAAUGCAAAACAUCGUGAACAAUGAUCUGCCAAGACCCACUCAGACAGUACAGGUUCAUGGAGCUAAAUUGAACGGCCCUGGAAAUAAGGAUGAUUAUGGUCUGCCAUUAACUUAUGCUGAUAAAAAGCCAGAUCCUGUACAUGACACUAUGGUGUGCAGCUACAGUGUUCCAAGCGCCGAUGAGACAAAUUUGUCUGAUGGGGAAGGUUGGCAACAGCAUCAAAGAAAUAAUGUGCCUGGGGGUGAACAGGAUUCUUAUAGUUCCACUGAUAGUACUUCAGGCAGCAAGCCAACAUAUCAGAAUGCUUCCGAGAGGGCCAAGCUGCUAGACGCCCUCCGCCAUUCACAAACACGUGCUAGGGAAGCCGAGAUAGCUGCCAAGAAAGCUUAUGACGAGAAAGACCAUGUCAUCAAGCUAUUGUUUCGUCAGGCCUCGCAUCUCUUUGCGUGCAAGCAGUGGCUGAAAAUGCUGCAGCUGGAGAACAUAUGCCUCCAGCUCAGGUUCAAAGAGCAUCAGAUAGCAGCCAUGUUCCCUGAGCUUCCCUGGUUGAUGGUGAAGGAAAAGGUGGCACCAUGGCAAGAGUGGAAAGAUGGGACAUGGAAGAAAGGUAGGAGGCUGAACAGGAAAGGCAGCCUCCGCAACGCCAUCAUGUUUGCCGUCGGUGUAGGUAUCGUUGGCGCUGGAUUGCUUCUUGGCUGGACUCUUGGCUGGCUGCUGCCCAAGCUGUAAGUUCCAUCAUCUUCGAUGACUGCAAAGGGGACGAGAUAAAUGCCUCCUGUGCGCGCAAAAAUGAAUCCAUGAUAGGUAAAGCUCCAAGUGUGCUUCAGAUUCUUAGAACACAAUCAUGCUAGUCUGUUGAUUUGGUUUGGAAGCCAUGGUGAUUGACAGCUCGAUACCUUCUGUUGGCACCUGUAUAUAUAGUAAGGAUUUGGUGUACAUAUUAGCCAGAAAACUGGGUACUUCUGUAGUUUGCAUGGCUGUCUAUCUUAGUGUUGUACAUAGGGGUCAGUGGUGGUCUGGUGGAACAUGAAAUCAGUCGACUUCAACAAUGUAUGCUAGUACUGUAAUCUGUAGCUUUUAUUUGCUUAGGGACUGUUUAUUUCAGCUGUGGAUUGUGAAAAAGAACUUGUAGAUUGUAAAAAGUUACAUUGUGAAAGCUGUAUUGCUGGACUAUUACAAUUUAAAGACUAGAUUGUACAAUCUAGCUUUUACAAUCCAA